AUGAAGUUUCUGCUGAGGAAUGCUUUUGCAACUCAGGCAAGUACAUCUAGCAAUCUGGCUCUGCUUGGACAUGUGAAGAAGCUCCAGGAAGUGGUGCAUCAGAAAACCAAGCUGGAAAUUGGGGAUGUUGUCAGAAUCAGAGGUCAUAUACGGAUAUACAGAGGGCAGCGAGAAAUUCAGACCUCCACCUACUACAAGGUGGAUGAUCCCAUGUACGAUGUUCAGAUUUCAAGAAUGCUGGAACUCCCCUAUCUCUACAGGGAAGUUUAUGAUAAGCCCUUCCAAAUGCCACAGGAGGCACAGAGUGGCCCAAACUUUUCAAUGGAUAUGUUCAUUGAGAAAGUGAAAGACUUCCUAGUGAAGAACAGAAUCCAGACCUUUUAUCCACAGGAGCUGGAAACGGUUAAGUCUUUGGUGUCACUAGCCAGUGAGCCAGCACCCAGUACCAGCCUGCAGCAGGUGGAUUCAGAAAACGAACCCCGCUCCAAGCUGAUUCACAGUGCAUUCAAGGAAGCAAUAAAGGUGCUGCAGAACAAAGGUGUCAUUUUCCUGAAAUCAAAAUGUUCCAGAGACUUGUAUCACGUGACUGACCAUGACAAGGAACUACAUCGAGUGACCACUGACAUCAUCAAAGCAGACUGCCAAAAACCCAGGCAUGCUGAAAAGGGUUGCCACUUCCUCCAUGUCCUGGAUUCUGUUCGGCAAAGCUACAGCCCUUAUCUGACACAGGAGGUGAUGCUUCGUGUCCUGGAACUGUUGGAGAGCAACAGUAAUAUUGUCAGCACUAUGGAAAGGCACUACACAGCUUUCUAA